CCCGGACUUCCCGCUCUGCCGCUGCGGCCGCUGAGGAUCUGAGUGGGCUCCGCCCCGUCCCGGCCCCGCCCCUCUCGGCCUCCCGCCGCAAUCUUGGCGGGAAGGAGUCGGCCACCGAGAAGCCGAAAGAUGUCCAGGUCCGGCGCGGCGGCUGAGAAGGCGGACUCCAGACAGCGACCCCAGAUGAAGGUGAGAAACGGAUCGGUGCUUCCAGGUAAAUGAAUAUAAAGAAAAUCAAAACAUCGCUUAUGUGUCUCUGAGACCAGUACAGACUACAGUUUUAAUAAAAACAGCUAAGGUCUAUCUUGCCCCCUUUUCACUCAGUAAUUACCAGCUAGACCAGCUUAUGUGCCCCAAAUCCCUAUUAGAAAAGAAUUCUAACAAUGAAGUUGCAUGUAAGAAGACUAAAAUAAAGAAAACUUGCAGAAGGAUUAUACCUCCAAAGAUGAAAACCACAUCUUCUAAGUCUGAAUCCACGCUGCAAAAUUCAGCCUCAGCUGUUCAUACUGAAAGUAACAAGCUACAACCCAAGAGAACGGCAGAUGUGAUGAAUCUCAGUGUUGAUGUGGAAAGUAGUCAGGAUGGAGACAGCGAUGAAGAUAUCACACCAGGCCUGGAUGAUUUUUCGGGAUUGUCACCCUACGAAAGGAAGAGACUGAAGAAUAUAUCAGAAAAUGCAGACUUUUUUGCUUCUCUUCAGUUGUCUGAGUCUGCUGCAAGACUCCGUGAAAUCAUAGAGAAGAGACAGCCUCCUAAAUCCAAGAGAAAGAAGCCUAAGAGAGAAAAUGGGGUUGGAUGUAGAAGGUCAAUGCGAUUACUAAAAGUUGAUCCUUCGGGAGUUCCAUUACCAGCAACUCCAACACCGCCGACAUUAGUAGCAGAUGAAACUCCUUUGUUACCUCCUGGGCCUUUAGAAAUGACUUCUGAAAAUCAAGAAGACAAUGAACGAUUUAAAGGAUUUCUGCACACAUGGGCAGGAAUGAAGAAGCCAAGUAGUAAGAACACUGAGAAAGGAUUAUCUAGCAUUAAAAGCUACAGAGCCAAUUUAAAUGGCAUGGUCAUUAGUGAAGAUACUGUUUACAAAGUUACCACAGGCCCAAUAUUCUCUAUGGCUCUCCACCCAUCAGAGACUAGAACUUUGGUAGCAGUUGGGGCCAAAUUUGGGCAAGUUGGACUUUGUGAUUUGACCCAGCAACCUAAAGAAGAUGGAGUUUAUGUUUUUCAUCCCCAUAGUCAACCAGUUAGCUGUCUUUACUUCUCACCCGCCAAUCCGGCCCACAUACUGUCACUGAGCUAUGAUGGCACGUUACGCUGUGGGGAUUUUUCCAGGGCUAUUUUUGAAGAGGUGUAUAGAAAUGAAAGAAGUAGCUUUUCCUCCUUCGACUUCUUGUCAGAAGAUGCCUCCACUUUGAUAGUAGGACACUGGGAUGGAAAUAUGUCACUGGUGGAUAGACGGACACCUGGAACUUCUUAUGAGAAACUUACCAGUUCUUCUAUGGGAAAAAUAAGAACUGUUCAUGUCCACCCAGUGCAUAGACAGUAUUUUAUCACUGCCGGAUUGAGGGAUACUCAUAUUUAUGAUGCAAGGCAACUGAAGUCCAGGGGAAGUCAGCCUUUGAUUUCUUUGACUGAACAUACAAAGAGCAUUGCUUCUGCCUAUUUUUCACCUCUUACUGGUAACAGAGUGGUGACCACAUGUGCCGAUUGUAAUCUGAGAAUUUUUGACAGCAGCUGUGUAUCUUCUAAGAUUCCUCUCCUCACCACCAUCAGGCACAACACUUUCACUGGGCGAUGGCUGACCAGGUUCCAAGCCAUGUGGGAUCCUAAACAAGAAGACUGUGUCAUAGUCGGCAGCAUGGCCCAUCCACGACGGGUAGAAAUCUUCCAUGAGACAGGAAAGAGGGUGCAUUCGUUUGGUGGAGAAUGCCUUGUCUCUGUGUGUUCCAUCAAUGCCAUGCACCCAACUCGGUAUAUUUUGGCUGGAGGUAAUUCCAGCGGGAAGAUACAUGUUUUUAUGAAUGAAAAAAGCUGCUGAGUUUUUGGUUUAAGAACAUCAAUUUGUUCAAAUAGACCACUGUCCAAGGAACCUAGUAAUUGGCGUGCCUUAGUGUGUUUACUUGGUAAUGUGUUACAUUUAGCAAAUAUUAACAUUGUUUUAUUAAUAAGACUAUAAGAAGAGUGUAAUUUUAGUAAGGGAGAAGUCUUGGAGGGUUGCUUCUGCAGGAUGGGGAGGGAAUUUGAGGGGAGGCUCAGGUGCCUUCAGGACUUUAAAAAAAAUUUUUUUUUUUUUUUGAGACGGAGUCUUGCUCUGUCGCCCGGGCUGGAGUGCAGUGGCCGGAUUUCAGCUCACUGCAAGCUCCGCCUCCCAGGUUCAAGCGAUUCUCCUGCUUCAGCCUCCCAAGUAGCUGAGAUUACAGGCACCUGCCACCAUGCCUGGCUAUUUUUUGUAGUUUUAGUAGACAUGGGGUUUCAUCAUGUUGGCCAGGCUGGUCUCAAACUCCUGACCUCAGGUGAUCUGCCUGCCUUGGCCUCCCAAAGUGCUGGGAUUACAGGCAUGAGCCACUGCACCUGGCCAUGAGCACUUUUAAUUGAGACAGUAUGCUGAGAAAUUCUAACAUAAAUUAUAAAGCUUUGACUAUUAAAGUUUUUGUGAUCUAAUGAUAUGGUUUUGA